UUUCAGAUGCAAUCACCCAUGCUCGUGAGUCUGCUGAUCUGCUUGGCCCUUGUCGCCGUCGCGUCGGCCAUGCCUUUUUAUGCUUCAUCGAAUGAUGGAGACGUGGUGCGUCAGUUCCCUCAACAGGGAGUACUCGAGAAUAUGGUCAAUGAGAUAAUGCGAGUACAGAGUGUCGAGCAGAUGAACAAUCAUCAUGUAAGACGUCAGAUAUUCUCACGGAAAUUUUGGUGAUGAUGGGAUGGGAAAACUGUGAUAAUAAAAGGAAAGACGUCUACGAGCAUUCAGUUAUUUUUUUCGUCGUUUUUUUUGUUCGGAUGUGUUCAAUCAUUUUAAGGUUCAGUUCAGAACUUAUUAUUUUUGCUUUUUAACGGGUCCUUCGGUUUCCCGAAUAAACCGUUUUUGUGUUA